UAAAUAUUAAUCACAUUGAUGAUAAUGUCAAUACUUCCAAUAAUACUCAUCCUAAUCCUAAAUAUAAUGAUUUCAAUUCUUUAUCAGAUAAUGAUUCAAAUAUUGUUGACUUAUUAAUAAAUAAAGAUAGUUUAAACUAA